AUGAUGUUGGACGGAUCUUUCGUUCCUCUGUUUCAGUCAACUCCUACUCCAAAAAGGCGAGUGUCCAUUGCUACUAAGCAUUUGAGACUUACUAAAAGGGAAUACAUCGACUAUAAAUGGGAUGCUAUUAAGCAUUAUUUCGGAAAAAUCAAAAGAAAACUCAGUGGCUGGACUCUUCCCAACAUUGCCUCUCUUAUUUUCAUACUAUUCAUGACGAAAAUGUUUUACGAAGAUAAUCACCAAUUUGUAAGAAAUUUUUUCACGGACAACAAGGCUAAGAUGGCUGAACCCAUCAUGACUUCUCUCAAUGAAAUGAAUUUUCGUAUGAGCAUGAUCCUGGAGCAACAAGAACUCAUAAAAAAAUUAAACAAUGAUGAGAUGCACAUCUUGCGAAAAGAGUUAGAACAUUCUAUCGAAAGCUUCAAGAAAGAUUAUCUGAGAGAAAUGGAUAAUUAUACUUCUAAAAUCGAAACUAUCCAACUCGAGUUAUCCAAUGUGAGUCUAUUCUUACAAAUUUAA